CCUCACUGUCUUAGCGCUACUUAAAGGAGGGCUGAACUCGUAUACUCCCUCAAACACAAAGACAGCGCACCGAAGAUUUCCUCCUCCAGUCUGCUUUGCCUCAUUUCUUCUGCCACUGAACUGAGAUGCCUGUACCGACGCGAUCAAUCAGAGACCGAUCUGCAGUGGGUCGGUUUCCUACUGUCUCUUUUGGAUUUGGGGAGGACACAGAGGAAGAAAAGGAAGUCUCAGAGGAAGACAAUGCUAAGAAGGGAAAUGCAUGCAGGACGUGGCUGCGUAAGGUCUGCCCGUGCUGCUGUCCCAGGCCAGAUGAAGCCAACAUUACAGACACUUUGGUCACAGGAAUUGAUGAACUGGACAAAGACGAAGACGACAAGAAACCUGAUGCUGGUGACAGCGAACUUGAUGAGCUCCUCCUGAAUGUGCGAUCAAUAAACCUGAUGAAAAGCAAAUCAGGGAAGAACCGUACAGAGCACCACACUGACCUCUACCAAAGAGAUGACUUUAUUAUUCGCAGAGGACAGAAUUUCCAUAUGUGGAUUACUCUGUCUCGACCCUUUGACCCCAGCACUGACAAACUUCACCUUGACCUUAAAACAGGGCCACUGCCAACAGUGUCAAAAGGGACCCAUGUAAUCAUCCCUUUGGUGGAGGAGUUGGAGGGCAAUCGUUGGGAGGCUUCUAUUGUGAGUCAGGAUGACAAAAGAAUGAAGCUGUCUGUGAAUUCUCUCCCUACGGCGGUCAUUGGCCGAUAUCAAAUCAUAGUGGAGACCAAUUGUGCAAACGGCCAGGCUGUUUCUACACAUGACCCUGCUAAUGACAUCUUUCUGCUGUUCAACCCCUGGUGUGAAGAUGACACAGUGUUCAUGGAUGAUGAAGACGAGAGGAAGGAAUUUGUCCUGAAUGAUAUUGGACGAAUCUACUAUGGCACGCAGGAUCAGAUUGGAGUGCGGACCUGGGACUAUGGACAGUUUGACGAUGGGAUUCUUGCUGCUUGUAUCUUUGUCAUGGAAAAGAGUGGAACUCCUCCUUCUGGUUGGGGAGACCCGAUUAAUGUGGUGCGAAUCAUCUCAGCCAUGAUCAACUCCCCGGAUGACCAGGGUGUCUUGGAAGGGAACUGGUCAGGAGACUAUUCAGCUGGGACUAGUCCAACAGUUUGGAGUGGAAGCGUGGAAAUCCUGAAGCAAUACCAAAAAAGCGACGGCAAACCUGUUAAGUAUGGCCAGUGCUGGAUCUUUGCUGGGGUAUUCACCACAGUCUUACGUUGUUUAGGCAUUCCCAGUCGAACUGUGACCAACUUCAGCUCAGCUCAUGACACAGACGUCUCCUUGACAACAGACAUAUACCUGGAUGAGAACCUGGAGCCUAUAGAGCACCUCAAUGCUGACUCUAUCUGGAACUUCCAUGUGUGGACCGACGCCUGGAUGGCACGUCCAGACUUGCCUGCAGGCAAUGGAGGCUGGCAAGUUGUCGACGCCACGCCUCAGGAGACCAGCCAGGGCACCUUCCGCUGUGGCCCAGCGUCUCUUACUGCAAUACGCAAUGGUCAGGUCUUCCUGAAACAUGACACACCAUUUGUGUUCGCUGAGGUGAAUAGCGAUAAAAUCUACUGGCAGAAGAACCAAGAUGGGACCUUCAGUCAGAUCUAUAAUGAGAAAAAGGUUGUGGGCCGCUUCAUCAGCACAAAGGCUGUUGGUACUGAUGAACGCACUGAAAUCACACACCUUUACAAACACCCCGAAGGCACAGAGAUGGAACGUAUUGCUGUGGAGACAGCAUGUAGCUAUGGCUCUAAAGCGGAGGUAUAUACCUAUACAAAGUCACAGGAUGUCUCUGUAGAGGUCACCAUGGAUGGUGAUGGUCCUAAAAUGGGAGAAAAUGCAGAGCUUAACAUCGUAUUGCGAAACAGCAGCUCAGAGGAACGUAACAUCAUCCUGCACAGCCAGGUGGCAGUCAUGUACUAUACCGGUGUCUACAAGACAACAGUCAAAAAGGACACAACAAACGUGGACUUGCUGCCCAAUGAAGAAAAAAGUUUGGAGUGGAACAUGGAAUAUGAAGACUACAAGGACCAACUAGUAGACCAGGCGGCCCUUAUGAUGACGCUGACUGGCAGGGUCAAGGAAACACAGCAGGUCCUGGCCACACAGUUCAAUUUCCGGCUCAGGACCCCAGACCUCAUCAUGAAGUCCAUCGGGAAGGCCGUGGUAGGAGAGAAGAUGGCAGUGGAGAUUUCAUUUACGAACCCUCUAACACGGGUGUUGAAAGCUGUGAUAUUCCAUGUGGAAGGACUGGGCCUCCUUACCGCUCGAAAGAUUCAUUAUGGAGAUAUUGGCAGUCGUGCCUCAGUGUCACUGACUGAGCACUUCGUCCCCACAUUGCCCGGGCCGAGGAAAUUACUGGCUUCAUUGGACUGCAAGCAGCUCACACAGGUUCAUGGUGUGACUGACAUCACUGUGGAGGAAAACAGCAAUGGUGCUCUAUAGCAAUUUAAAAACUGGGACACAUCAACACUGAAUGUUUUUAGAUAACUAUUUUUCCAUUUCAUAUAUAUAUGUUAACUUUAAUUCACGGAAGUAUGACACUAAAGCUUUAUUUUGCAUGAUAUUUCCAAAUGACCGAUGAGCACAGAAAGACAACCAAUUGUGAAAUAUAUGAAACGAGUAUAAGCCUACACCAAGCUUAUUAUUUUUUUAUAUUGUUCCACACAGUUGUGCAGAGGUUGGACAGUGUGGCAGCUAAAAUGAAAGAGUGUAUAUAUUUUUUUAAAGGAUCUGCAUUAAGAUCAAGUUUCUAUUUAUAAAUGUGAUAUAUAUAUAUUAUGUGUUCACUUUUUGUGUGUUAAAACUAAGAAUUGUUUAUUUAAAUAAAUUACAGUUUUUUUCCAUUGCUGACACACUGAAAUAACACAUGAAGCAUCAUUAUUUAAAGUGACACUCAAAGAACAAAACCUUUGCUCAAGUCUCUCACCUUUGCACUCAAUUUUCAAUUCAACUUGGCACUUUUUGCAAAACACUGCACACAGUUCUCUCAGGAAGACACGGAAACCUGACAGGUUCACUUGUUUGCCGUUUUCAAAACACUGCCAUUAAAAAUGCUACACGCAUGAACCAAUUAACGAAUACACGCGCCAAAUGACCAUAAACACGGAACUGCGUUAUUCUUGACACAAUAAUCAGGAUUUCAACACUAGAAAAAGACUACACGUAAUAACUUUUCACAACAAUGGAUAUAUGGACAUAGCAGCGAGAGGAAGAGCUGGGGGGAGAUCUAGUGAUGGAGGAGUUGUUUUCAGCAUGGAGCUGUAUGAGCGUCAGCCCUGUGUUUCUGCCUCUUCUACAGGGCAGUGGGAGAGAGGGGAGAUAUCCUCUGUGAUGGUGAAAAGGUGCUGGGUACACACACAGCUAGGCCACAAAUCAAAAUCAUGAUUUUUUGAUAAAUACAUCUUUAUAUUUGUAGCUCAAGGUUACUUUUCAAUGCACUGUAUUUGAUAGAAAGCCUAUUUUUGUUCACACAGCUCUCCCUGUGCAUACACACAUGGUGGCACGUUUUGUUCCAACAGUAUAUUGGUGUUUCUGCAAAUAUUUCUGUAGUGCAGAAUUUUCUCACGAAGAUGUUCAGAGCAAAACUCAAAUGAAAAUGCUUUCUUUUACAAUUAAGGUAUCUUUUCAGCCAGAUGGCCUUUACAGUUUUUUUCCAUUGCUAACACACUAACAUUACACAUAAAGCAGAGUUAUUUAAAGUGACUCUCAAAGAGCAAAACCUCUGCUCAAGUCUCCAAAACUCUAAACACAUUGUCAGCUUUGCACUCAAUUUUCAAUUCAUCUUGGCACUUUUUGCAAAACACUGCACACAGUUCUCUCAGGAAGACACAGAAAUCUGACAGAUUCACAUGUUUGCCAUUUCCAAAACACUGCCAUUAAAAAAUGCUACACACAUGAACCAAUUAACAAAUACACGCGCCAAAUGUCCAUAAACACGGCACUGCUUUAUUCUUGACACAAUAAUCAGGAUGUCAACACUAACAAAACACUGAACGUAAUAACUGUUUACAACAACAAUGGAUAUAUGGACAUAGCAGCGAGAGGAAGAGCUAGAGGGAGAUCUAGUGAUGGAGGAGAUGUUUUCAGCGUGGAGCUGUAUGAGCGUCAGAGGGGAGAUAUCCUCUGUGAUGGUGAUGAGGUAUAGGAAUAAAACAAAAGUGAAAAUGCUUUUUUAAAAGUUAUCUUUUGGCCAGUUUCCCUUUUUUGGAGAUGUUAGAGUAAAAGGGGGAAGAAGGUAGGUCAUAGCCAGAAAUGUCCAGCCAGCUCGGGACUCGAACCAGCCUACUAUGCUAAUGUUUUCUGUGGGUAGGCCACCAGCUCUAACCACUAAGCUAUCUGCCAGCCAGAUGAAACUGCUUUAGAUUGAGCUUCUUCGCUCAAUAUCUGCAGGGAAGAUGUUCCUGUUGAUGAUGAAGCCAGACCCAGCCAGGUGGUCAAAUGCAGCCUAAAAAUGUCUAUUUUUUCGAAAAAUGUUUUUAGAUUUUUUCCUCAAAGUUUUCUUUUCCAUUUACUGUCUUUGAUGUUGAUCACAUUUUUGUUCACUUAACUGUAACUGUAUGUGCUGUGCAUGCAUGUUGCGCUCAUUAGUUGUGUAUAAAAAUAAACAAGGUUUGUUUCAACAGAA